UCAAGUCUAGUCUCUCUCUCUGCGUCCUUCUUUCUUGAAUCAACAACAGGAAAACCGAUUUGCCGCUUCUCGGAGUAGGCAAUUCAUCUCCGGUCACACCGCUCCAGCAGGGAAAAUCGACGGCAUUUAGGGUUUCGGUAGUUGGUUGGUUGGUUAAGGGAUGGAGAAGACAGAGAAGGUGACUAGAAAGAAUAACAGAGGAGAAGGUCACUCUUGCUGUUUGAUUAACAAUGCUGUUCCGGAAGAGUUAUUGACGAAAAUUCUGAUACGUCUCCCACUGGAUCAGAUCUUCCGCUGCAAAUCUGUCUGCAAAAACUGGCUCUCACUCAUCCAAAACCCUCUCUUUUCAACUUACUACACGAACAAGAAGAAGAAGCAGAGUAAGAAAAGGAAGAAACAGAAGAAGAAGAGUACAACAUUCAGUUGCAACCUCAACUCCCAUCCCCAACAAAGAUCAGCCGUCCUGAUCCCCAAUAAUAAAGGCCGCCACAAGAAUGAAAGGACAAGACUCAAAUUCUCCCUUGAUUUCGUUCCAGACUUCUCACAGCUACACGGAGUUGAUACUUACAAUGAUCUUCUCCAACGAGUGCCUCAGAACUUGAAGGAGAACCAGAAGAGGGUGAUCCUAGGGUCCAACGGCUUGUGCAAGUGGCACCCGCCGAAUUAUUAUACGACCAGGGACUUGAUCCUAGGGUCGUCCAACGGCUUACUUCUCUGUGCGCCUCUCCUCUUCACACAAACGCCCGGAAAGGGCCCCGUGUUCGAUGAUUUCGCACCCAUUUACGUGGUCUGCAACCCUCACACCAAGCAGUGGCUUCAAGUCCAUCCCCCGCCUCCUUUCUCCUCCUCCAUUUUCCCACAUGCCGCCCAUGUCAGCUUCGUCUCCGAUUUCGAUUCCGAUGGUGGUUGUUGGUUCAAGAUCGUGCGUCUCCCUCGCGAGUUCAAAUCUCGACGCAGACGCUCCCUCGAGCUGCAAGUCUUCUCAUCCAAAUCCUGGCAAUGGACAGCCACUACCGUGCCAUCCCUUCCACGGUCGAUUGGGCCCGACUAUCCAACAAAGAUGGUCGUUGCAGUUAUACUGAAGAAGAACGGCAGCCCCCGUCUGUGUUGGUUGUUCAAGGACACCCAAGCGGUUGUCUACGAUCCCAUCAACAAUGUAGUUGAUGCAGUGAUUGGGGCUAUACGGCCACCAAAUCCUAGAAUUGUUCCUGAUGUGUUUUUGGAUGCGAUGUGCGUUAGCAAGGGCUGCUUGUGGGCAGGAAGCCUCUAUAGUAGAAAGAAGCUGAAGAUUUAUAGAGCUUCGGGAAAGAAAUGGAAGAUGGCGGAGGAGUUUGACAUGAUGCAUGUGUACAAUCCGAGUGGGCGUCGGGUAGGUUGGAUCGUGUUUCGAUGGAUUGCAUUCGUGACAAUGAAUCCAGAUGAUCCACAGGAGGUGUACCUCAGAUCUCACAACUCAAUUGCCCUGUUGAACCUGAGGACCAGAGCUUUGAAGGUUCUUGGGGCUUUGGGUGACCCAAAUUGCAAUUGCAUCCUGAUGCCACAAUCAAUCAGGGUGAAACCAUCAACAAUCAUAUGUGACAACCCUCUAUGGCCAACUCCCCUCCCUUCUUCUUCUUAAUGAAUUAUUGCUUUCUUUAUUUUACACAAUAGUUGCAAUAAUGUACAAUUUACGUUAUAGUUUCUAAACCAACAGUAGAGACCGAGUUUAUUCCAACUUUU